UGGUAAAUGCUUUCUUUCAUUGGCUAAUAUAAUUGAGACCAAACCCCAAGUAAAACGGAAACUGGAUUUGUAACGCAGUUGAACCAGUGAAGAAACAAGUAUCUCAGUAGCUGUAUAGAUCAUUCAACAAGAACAAUAUACAGCCAGAGAGCAGAAUCGCAUUACUCCAGCAUCUGAUCUGAUGUCUGCUGGAGAAGCCAGUCUGGUCAUGUGGAUUGCUGCAUAAAAUUUUCUAUUUGAUGCUGAUAUGUGACAUCCUUAUGCGAGCAAACAGGAAAAUGCGUUCGCGUGCUUAAACAGGGGAUUUACCACUUCCUCUACUGAUACCUUUUACUUUCUGGUGAAGUGAAAGACGGAAUUGUGUUCACAUCAGCUUUGAUUAUUCUCGGUGGUCUGACAAGACUUAAAAGGUAUAGUUACGGGAAGAAAAGGGGAAGUAAAACAUACUUAUUCGAUAAUCUUGAUUUUAAUCAGAUUUUACUGUGAGUCUACACAGUCCAGAUCCAAACAUGGAGAGUUCGAACGCCAGUAUCUGUGUGGUCAACGACAACAUGGUGCCCUUUGCCACAGUCUACAUCCUCAUCUUCCUGAUUGGAAUGACUGCCAGCCUGGUGGCGCUGUGGGCCUUCAUAACCAGCCGAAGUGCUAAAAAGUGCAUUAAUGUUUACCUCAUCAAUCUUCUGACGUCCGACUUCCUCCUCAUGUUGGCGUUACCUGUCAAGAUUGCCAAAGACUUGGGCAAUGAUUCUCUGAGUUUGACCAUCUUUCUUUGCCGAGUGAGUUCGCCACUCAUCUACAUCAACAUGUAUGCGUCUAUCAUUUUUCUAGCUUUUGUCAGCGUGCAGCGCUACCUCCAGAUCACCCGCAGCUCCAAACUGCUGCGAUUGCAGGAAGUAGGCUUUGCGGUGCUGAUGUCUUCGGUGGUCUGGUUCCUUGUGCUCUUCAUCAACGUGCCCAACAUGGCCAUUCCUAUGAAAGAAAACGUUGAAGACAAAGUUGGCCUAACGUGUUCAGACUUAAAAGAUGAUUUGGGCAAGCACUGGCACGCUUUGUCUGUGUUUCUGGGCAUGGCCAUCUUCUUCAACUCCUCAGUAGCGGUGCUGUUGUCCAAUGGCCUGGUCUUGAAGCGGCUCUGGGGUCGGCGUGAAUCUGACACUGAGGAACAGGCUAGUGCCCGACACGCCUUCAUUAACAUCGCACUGGUGACCUUGGCAUACGUGGUGUGCUUUGUGCCGUACCAUGCUGUGCGUAUGCCGUACACGUUUACGCAGAUAGAGGUCAUCAUCACCGAAUGCAGAUUACGGAAGAAUCUGUUCCUGGCUAAAGAGUCGACUCUGCUUCUCGCCAUCCUGCACCUGUGCUUCGAUCCAGUGCUGUACUUUGUCAUCUGCCGUGCAUUCAGGCAUCAGAUCACGAAGGCCUUCUCAAAGAGAGGCAGCGUUCCGACCACAGACACAGAGUGAAAAUUCAACCGGAGGAGAGUUAUGGACCAAGUACUAUUGCCAUCAUUUGCUGAAUGUCAAUUCAGUGUAAAGAAAGAGUUUCUUAAAGAACUGUGGAUUAGUAAUGUAGCGAAAGCCAGAAGACUGAAGCCUGUGGAAAAAGAUGCACAAAGACCUAUGGCAAAAGAAACUAACAAAAAAAGUCAGCUGUGGCAAUACUAGUUGAUAAGAAUUUUGGGGCAAAAUACAGUAUGUACUGUAUAUAUGUAAACAUAACUAAAUCUACAGAAAAUGUACUGUACAAUGAUGCUCAGAGGUGUUUAAUUGUACUUAUAUACAAAAAAAGACCAAGAGCCAGGACCAAGAGCCACCUCAAGCAUGCAAUUUAAUUUGUUUUAGUUGUAGUUAUUUUUCAUUCAGUGGAGAAUUGUGUGUAUAAGUUGUAUUCCAUAUCCCAAAUUCAUAUUAAAAAUCAAUAAAUAGACCUUUAUAAAAUAGAAUAUAAAUAGAAAUAUAAAAUAUAAAUAGAAGUCGUCAUAGCUGGGUAAACUUCCAGAGGAAUGAAUGGGAGAGUACCACAAAUAUUUUAUUUUAAAUUAAAACCUUUUUUUUUUUUUUUUUUGCAUUCCCACUUGCUCAAAUAGCAAAAGAAACUCCAAGAUAGUUUUUUUCCAAAUGUUCAAGAAAGGGGAAAAAUAGA